UCCUCUGCAGGUGUGUUAGAAGAAGCUGAGUUCUACAACAUUGCUUCAUUGGUCCGGCUAGUAAAAGAGCGUAUUCGAGACAAUGAAAAUCGAACUUCACAGGGUCCUGUGAAACAUGUAUACCGAGUGUUACAGUGCCAGGAGGAGGAACUUACACAGAUGGUGUCCACCAUGUCUGAUGGGUGGAAGUUUGAGCAGCUUAUCAAUAUUGGUUCUUCCUAUAACUAUGGGAAUGAAGACCAGGCAGAGUUUCUUUGUGUCGUGUCCAGAGAGCUGAAUAACUCUACUAAUGGAUUGGUCAUUGAACCCAGUGAGAAAGCUAAAAUUCUUCAGGAGCGAGGAUCCCGGAUGUAA